AGAACUUACAAAACGAGCCGAGUCCCGUGUGGGCGUCUAAGUCAAAAGUCCCCCAUCCUACUCUAUAUAAAGCAAUUCUUCUUCCUUAUAUAGCACCCGCAUACGCACGUUUCACGGUCUCCGUGCUUAGAUCACUGUGACUCAUUGCGCAUCAUGGCAGUUCUUUCAACCCUCAAGGAGCUCAUAGAGUGCCUCACUGGCCCCUAUCUUUUCAUGGGAAUUGCUAUGCGUUUCCUUCCCGGCACUCUUCUCGAGGUUAUCAGAAACAAGGACUUCCGAACUUUGUUCUCGCCAUCCCGCUUCAAGGAUGUUUGGUUCGGCAACUUUUGGGCUUUCAUCGGGCCGCAGGUAAAAGCCAACGCAGAGAGCCGUGUCAUUCCAUUACUCGAAGGUCGUGUGAGAAAUGGCCGUAUGGGAGACGAAGUUGUUGGAGAGCCCAUUAACGGCGUUGUUCUUGAGAUCGGUGCGGGGACCGGAAUGUGGGCGGAUGUGUUUGCCAAAGUCAACGUUGGAGUGAACAACCAAGGAGAUGCUGAUGGAGAAUUGAGGCGAAGAAAAGGAGGCAACGGUUUGACUCGCGUGUAUGGUAUUGAGCCAAAUCCCAAGUCUGCGGCAACUCUGCGACAGCGAGUGAAGGAAAUUGGCCUUGAUGAUAUUUAUGAGGUUGUCCCAGUGGGCAUUGAAUCCCUCAACGAUCCAGAAGCGUGGGAUGGGCGCAUUGAACCAGAAAGUGUCGAUUGCAUCGUCACAAUUUUGUGUCUCUGCAGUAUUCCUGAGCCUGAGAAGAACAUCAAGCUUCUGUAUCAGAGUCUCAAGAAAGGGGGUCGAUGGUAUGCCUAUGAGCAUGUGCGCAUCAAUGAGAACAGGGGGGUCCUCUUGCGUGCCUAUCAAUGGGUUACUGGUCUUGUGUGGUCACAAGUCAUGGGGUCGUGCCGCAUUUGCCGAUCAAUAGGGAAAUCGUUAAGAGAAGCCGGGCCAUGGGAGAAGAUUGACCUAGCACAGCCUGAAGGGGAGGCAAGAUUUGGUAUUCUUCCCCAUGUUGUUGGAACAUUAACCAAAUAAGCGGGCGUCCAUAGUAUGUAUUUCACGACUACCGGAACCAUGUCGCGGCUGGGAAUCAAAAUAUGAGUUAUACAUUAUGGGUAUCAAAUCGGUGCGCCAACGCCCGUCACAGCUCGUCAUCAUCAUCGUCAUCUGAGAGGAAUAUCGAGGUUCUUAUACUCGACCCCUGAGCCUCCGUCUUGAUCUUCUUCUCACCUUCCAUCUUGGUGUCAACGGCCUCCAUUUUUGUAUUCUCUGUCUUCACCAAAGUAUGUAUGGUGUCAUCCUUUUUGAUGUCUUCUUCUUUCGGGGUCAGCUUAGUAUCCUUCUUCUCAUCCUUGACCUCUUCUUUGGCAUCGAUGUCGUGCUUAGUGUCCACCUGAGCAGUAUCUUUCACAUCCUCCUCCUUGAUUAUGCCUUCUUGUAUAAGCUUCGCAGCUCUCCUCUUAUAAAAAGUGUCUAGACAAUUUCUCCUUGCCUCUUGACUCCAACUCUCCACAACAAGUGCAAAGUCUGUUGCAUUCGUGAAGCCAAACUCUCUGGC